CGCCGGCCCAGCCCCGCGAUCCUCUUCCCCGCGGGGACCCGCCGCCCGGGCCGACCCCGCGUCAACUUUGGGCCGGAACAGCAGCAACUCUGACAGUGGCCACAGGUUUCCCACCCCGCUUCUACUCGGCAGCAGUGGCCUCGCGGGUCUCCGGGGCUCAUCCGCUCGGCGUCUGGCUGUUUGCAACCUGUUUCCAGCUAGCGGGGAGCGGGAGUGUGGCUGCCAGCCGUCUGGGGGAGGGGGACUUGUUUUUCCUUCCCUCUGGAGACCUCGGCUCGCAACUGGAUAAAGCAGCAUCGAAAGGAUGUAAAUAGGCAGAGCAACUGUUACCAGGAAGGCGAUCAUCCAAGGCAGGGAGAAGCGUGGGGCUGCGUCCGGGCUUUUCCCAGGCGCAACAUUAAUCAACAGUCAGGUGUUGGUGGUAACUUUUCAAGGUCAGCCACCGGGAGCAGCGGCUUCCUUCUCGGACCCUUGGGGGUACCCAGCGCUCGGAUUGGAUUUGGCGGAGGAAAUGCCAAAAAAGGAAGAAUUUUAGGGAGGGUGUGACCCCACGACCCAUCCUUCAACCUCCCCUUAGUCUCUGGCCCCCCACUGCCUGAGCGGGGGUGAGUAGUGACAUGCGUUUAACUCGCAGCAGUAACUUAGGCUGCGGGUGUCGAGCCUAAGCCUCAGUUGCGCUGCCGGGUGCGCCCACGCGGAGCCAUGCGUGUCCUGGGCGCUCCGCUCACCAGCGCCUUGCGGCUGCUGCUUCUACUGCUACUCCAGGUUUCUGCGGCUCCUGCCCUCGGGGCCGCUCCGGAGUCCGGGAAUGAAACUUGUGUAGGGGAGAGCUGCUCACCUACACUGACCCAGAGCCACAGCAGGGACGUUUCAGGGACGGGAAAUUCUACAAAAGACGUUCUGCGAACCCUUGCGCCCUGGGAGAGGGAGGAGCUGGAGGCAGCGGUGCGCGCGGUGCCCUCCUGGGACCUGUCGGCGGCCCGGGGCGGUGACCCAGGUGUGGCAAGAGGGGCGGAGGCGGCGGCCAAGGGGCGCUCGGGACCCCUGACCAGGGCGCCUGGCACCUGGAGGCGGAAAGGUGUCUGGAACCAGGAACCCCCAGGAGCUCUGGGGAGGGGCUAUCCCACAGCCCUGCGGCGCUUACUGCAGACCUCAGAGGAGAAAGGGAAAGGUCCUAGGGGCCCUGGCAUUUCGGUGCGCAGCAAAGAGCACACUGUGAGGACAGAGCUCGGAACCAGCGACCUUUUUUACCGGCCUAAGAGAGCCGGGAAGCUCCAGGGUCCCCACCGAGAGCCCCCGACUAAAUCUGUCAGUGGACCCGCGGGGCACGAAGGGCGGACACUUGCCCCUCCAGGCAGGGCGCUGGCCCAGAAUGGGUCUUCAAGUGAAGGGGUCCUGGACCGCGGCGGACCCCGCCGGGGAAACAGCACGAACCGGCGCGUGAGACUCAAGAAUCCCUUCUAUCCGCUGACCCAGGAGUCUUACGGAGCCUACGCUGUCAUGUGUUUGUCGGUGGUGAUCUUUGGGACCGGCAUCAUCGGCAACCUGGCGGUGAUGUGCAUCGUGUGUCACAACUACUACAUGCGCAGCAUCUCCAACUCCCUCUUGGCCAACCUGGCCUUCUGGGACUUCCUCAUCAUCUUCUUCUGCCUUCCGCUCGUCAUCUUCCACGAGUUGACCAAGAAGUGGCUGCUAGAGGACUUCUCCUGCAAGAUCGUACCCUAUAUUGAGGUUGCUUCUCUUGGAGUCACUACGUUCACAUUAUGUGCUCUGUGUAUAGACCGCUUCCGUGCUGCCACGAAUGUACAGAUGUACUAUGAAAUGAUCGAAAACUGCUCUUCCACAACUGCCAAGCUUGCUGUCAUAUGGGUUGGUGCUCUCUUGCUGGCACUUCCAGAAGUUGUUCUCCGCCAGCUGAGCAAGGAGGAUUUGGGGUUUAGCAGCUGGGCCCCCACAGAACGGUGCAUUAUAAAGGUCUCUCCUGAUUUACCGGACACCAUCUAUGUGUUAGCCCUCACCUAUGACAGCGCCAGACUCUGGUGGUAUUUUGGCUGCUACUUCUGUUUGCCCACACUUUUCACCAUCACCUGCUCCCUAGUGACUGCAAGGAAGAUCCGCAAAGCAGAGAAGGCCUGCACCCGAGGGAAUAAGCGGCAGAUUCAGCUAGAAAGCCAGAUGAACUGCACAGUGGUGGCUUUGACCAUUUUGUAUGGCUUUUGCAUCAUUCCUGAAAAUAUCUGCAACAUUGUCACAGCCUACAUGGCUACUGGGGUUUCACAGCAGACGAUGGACCUUCUGAAUAUCAUCAGCCAGUUUCUUUUGUUCUUUAAGUCUUGUGUCACGCCGGUUCUCCUUUUCUGUCUUUGCAAACCCUUCAGCCGGGCCUUUAUGGAGUGCUGCUGCUGUUGUUGUGAGGAGUGCGUUCAGAAGUCCUCAACAGUGACCAGUGAUGACAAUGACAAUGAGUACACCACAGAGCUUGAGCUCUCACCUUUCAGUACCAUACGUCGUGAAAUGUCCACUUUUGCGUCUGUUGGAACUCACUGCUGAAGGACAGAUUUGGUUUGUUUAGAUUUGUUGAUUUGUUUGAUUUUAAUAUCCCGUGACCGUUUUUACUUCCUAUUUUUCCUUACAGGGAAAAACAUGCAAAAAAAUUAACUACUGUAGAACUGGUUUUGCCAAUUAAUAUUUGUGCUUUAAAAAAUGUUUCUAUUUAGUUAUUUAAGGAGAGCGAGGAGGCUAAUAGGUUUAGAUCAUUUUAUCUGGUACGGUGCUAAUAUUUUAUUGGAGAAAAUUUACUGCACCUUAACCUAAUUAAUUGCUAGUUUUCUUUCUUGCUUUUUAAAAAAAAUAUUAUCAUUGUAUAUUGAUGAUAGCCAUGUGAUUUUAUGGGCAAUUUUAUGUUUGAGUUGUGAUUGGAGCUAUGUUGUAUAUGGGAUUGUGAGAGGAUUUGUAGUUAGACGCAUUCACAAAGUAGCACCAAAUAAAUGACACUUUAUUCUUUAA